AUGGUGGUUUAUGCGGAAGCUGAUCUGGAUAUAGUUAGUGUGAAUUUAGUUCCUUUUCAUGAUCACAGCUAUUUGACGACGCUAGAGCUCCCUUCCGUACGCCUUGCUGGCCUUUUGAAGAGACAUAGAUUCACCACAGAUGUCUCCCUUAGCAGAGUUUGGUGUGCGCUUUAUGAGCUCUUCAAUACAACAGGCACCAGCGAACGUUCCUCACAACUGCCUGUUUUAGAUAGUCAUAUCCCAAUCUCACACACCUUGAAGACUUCAAGAAUUUCAAACCUUCCCCUUUCAACGCAGGCUGUGUACAUAAGUUGUUUCUAUUCCGUGGAAGAUGGGAACGCGGAUGUUGAAGGUGUGGUGGAUGUGUACAUAUUGUAUGGUGUCCCUAUGAUUGAGAACUGUCAUAUCUCUUUGUUUCAAUCCCGUGUGCAUUUGGAAAAGGGUAUACUGGGAGAAGGAAAAGAGGUAUUGGGAUACCACUUGUUAGGCCUACUUAUUCUUGAAGGGCAUCCUCAUGUAUUUGGAUACUGCAUAUCCUCCACCCAUUUUCUCGCAACCAAGUAUAGCCGGUAA